AUGGUGCUGUUAAGAAAGGGGGAUUACGUCUGGGUGGAUUCUAGUACCGGGGUGCCGAUUGGUGCACAGAUCCAACUGACAGACACCGGACAACUCCAAAUUAUCGACGAUGAAGGAAAGGAGCAACUGAUCACCAAAAAGAAUGAGGGCACCGUCAGACCUAUGCACCCUACCUCUGUGAACGGGGUGGAUGACAUGAUUCGCUUGGGGGACCUUAACGAAGCUGGACUCCUCCGAAAUCUUUUGGUCCGACAUAAAGAAGGAAUAAUAUACACCUACACAGGCUCCAUCCUCGUGGCUGUCAACCCCUACCAGGUGCUGCCCAUCUACACGAAUGAGCAGGUACAGCUCUACACGGACCGCAGGCUGGGCGAGCUGCCCCCACACGUCUUCGCCCUCGCCGACAGCUGCUUCUUCAACAUGCGUCGUCACCGCAAGGACCAGUGCUGCAUCAUCAGCGGGGAGUCUGGAGCGGGAAAGACCGAGAGCACCAAACUGAUGCUGCAGUUCCUCGCCUCAGUCAGCGGCCAGCACUCUUGGAUAGAGCAGCAGAUCCUGGAGGCAAACCCCAUUCUGGAAGCUUUUGGUAAUGCGAAGACGGUCCGCAAUGACAACUCCAGCCGAUUUGGGAAGUACAUUGACAUCCACUUCAACAAGGCCGGGGCAAUCGAGGGGGCUAAAAUUGAGCAGUAUCUGCUGGAGAAGUCUCGUGUCUGCCGCCAGGCUGCAGAAGAGCGGAAUUACCACAUCUUUUACUGCAUGCUUAUGGGAAUGACUGCGGAGCAGAAGAAGAUUCUUUCCUUAGGAACCGCCUCUGAAUUCAACUACCUGACAAUGGGGAAGUGCACCAGCUGUGAAGGGCGGGAUGACCUUAAGGAAUACGCCCACUUCCGCUCGGCCAUGAAGAUUUUAAUGUUCACAGAAAAUAAUUCUUGGGAAAUCUCGAAAUUGCUGGCUGCACUCCUCCACCUGGGCAAUGUAGACUUUGAAGCCACCAUCCUGAAUAACAUGGAGAGCUGCGACCUUCUGACCUCUUCUCAUUUCAACAUGGUCGCCAAGUUGCUGGAGGUAAAGCCCAAGGCUUUGGAAGCUAGUUUGACACACCAUUCCUUCAUGACCAACCGAGAGAGUGUCUCCAAACCACUGAGUUCUUCACAGGCUAUGGAUGGCAGGGAUGCCUUUGUCAAGGCCAUCUACGGUAAGCUGUUUGUAUGGAUCGUGGAGAAGAUCAACAGUGCCAUUUUCAAGCCCCCUCCAGAGGAAUCUGUCAGGCAAUCCAUUGGCUUGCUGGAUAUCUUUGGCUUUGAGAACUUCACUCAGAACAGCUUUGAGCAGCUGUGCAUCAACUUUGCCAAUGAGCAGCUGCAGCAGUUCUUCGUGAAGCACGUCUUCAAGUUGGAGCAGGAAGAGUACGCCCGCGAAAACAUUGUCUGGAAGCACAUCGACUUCAACGACAACCAGCGCACAUUGGACCUGCUGGCCAACAAGUCCCUCAACAUCCUAGCGCUUAUUGAUGAGGAGAGCCUCUUCCCCAAAGGAACCGACACCACCAUGUUGAACAAGAUGAACCAGGUGCAUGGGAAGAGUCAGAUAUAUAUUCCUCCCAAGAACAACCAUGAAACCCAGUUUGGAAUUCAGCAUUUUGCAGGAGCAGUCUACUACAAUGCUAAGGGUUUCCUGGAGAAAAACAGAGAUGCUCUAAGUUCAGAUUUCAUGCAGCUGGUUGAGACAUCAUCCAACAAGCUCCUCAAGGAAAUUUUCCAAACUGACCUCACUUCAAAUGGAAUAAAGAACAGCUCCAACCCAAAGCUCAUAAUGACCCCGACAAACUCUCUACGGCAAGCUGCAGAUACAAAAAAGCGCAUGCAGACAUUGAGCAGUCAGUUCCGUCAGUCUUUGGAGUCCUUGAUGAAGACCCUUGCUGCCUGCCAGCCGUACUUCAUUCGCUGCAUCAAACCAAAUGAUUUUAAGAAGCCCAUGCUUUUUGACAGGGAGUUAUGCAUACGUCAGCUGCGUUACUCUGGGAUGAUGGAGACCAUUCGGAUCCGAAAAUCAGGGUAUCCAAUCCGCCACACUUUUCAGGAAUUCCUUGAGCGCUACCGCGUUCUCCUGAAAACCUCUGUGUGUGACCCCCAAAAGGUGAGGGAAGGCUUUGCUUUUCAACUGCACAUCACAUAUUUGGCUGUAGUUGCUCUUCUCUCACAAUCAAAUAAAUUUCCAUUUGGCGACUGGAAAAUGGGCAAGACAAAGAUCUUUCUCAAGGAUUGCCAUGACACCAUGCUAGAGCUGGAGAGGGACAGUGCAAUCCACGAGAAAGCCCUGCUCAUUCAGAAGGUCCUUCGGGGAUACAAACACAGGAGUCGCUUUCUGAAACAAAAGGCAGCUGCAUUGGUUCUGCAGAAGUAUUGGCGCGGGCAUAAAAGCAGAAAACUGUACAGAGCUGUCAGGCUUGGCUUUGCCCGACUGCAGGCUAAGGUCCGUGGUCGGCAGCUCCACCACACCUACAAUCAGAAACGAGCGGCUGCCAUUGUACUGCAGGCCCAGACUCGAGGGUACCUGAUGAGGAAAGACUGGAAGCGGAAGAAGGAGGCCGUGAGGCUUCUGCAGGCCCACACACGAGGAAUGCUAGCCAGGAACGCCGUCAAGAGAAUGAAGAAAGCUGAAUUGGCUGCUCGUGAGAGGCAGAAACGUCUGGAGGAGGUGCUCAGGCAGAAGCGGGAGAAGCUGGUCCAAUCCGAUUCCAUCACCGACCAGGAGAUGGUGGACAACAUCUUUGGCUUUUUGCCCAGCAUGGUCGGGGGCCAGGAGGGACAAGCCCCUGUGGGCUUUGAGGACCUGGAAGGCAAACGGACAGUGCUGGAAGAAGUGGACCUGGAUGAUGCCCCCAUGAUGGAGGAGCUUCAGGAGGAGGAGGACUACGACGACCUGGACAACUUCUCCUUCUUCAAAUUUGCUUCGAUGUACUUCCAGGGCUCAGCCACACCCUCCCAUAUCCGCCAGAGGCUGCGGCAACCGUUGCUGUACCACGAUGAUGAGGCAGAUGUUAUGGCCUCUCUGACAGUGUGGUGGAUCAUAUUGAGGUUUAUGGGAGACAUUCCAGAGCCAAAGCAGAAGGUUGUUCAGGGCACAUCCACUGGGGCCAACGAGUCUGUUCAGCAGAAUCUGGGCCCAAGACAGAGCAGACGCCUCAGCCACUUGGUUGGAAUUGAUCAGAAAUUGUUAAGGAAUAAAAAAUCCAGAAAAGUCUCCACAAUUCCAGAGGAAGUGGUGCUGAAUAGAAAAACCUCCACUAUCCCGGAAGAAGGGACCAAAAACCGCAAGCUUUCCUCAAUUUCUGAGCUGGUAUGGAGAAGAAAACCUUCCACAAUUGCGGAGGAGCCAUCAGUUAACAGGAAAGGAUCCACAAUGCCAGAGGAUGUCCCGCGGAACCGAAAGCUUUCCUCAAUGUCUGAGCUGGUGGGAAGGAAAAGAAAACCUUCCACAAUCCCAGAAGAAAUUCAAGAGGAGGCCGAGGAGGAUGCGUCCACUCAGCCUACAGUUCAGACUGUGAAUGUGGAUGAUGAGGUGCUUGCUGGAGAGGGCCCCACCUUGGAUCGCCCGUUGACCUCCCUGGAAAAGAUUCACAUCAUUGUGGGAUACGGCAUAGUCCGGCGUGACCUUCGGGAUGAGAUCUACUGUCAGAUCUGCAAGCAGCUGGUGGAGAAUAAGAGUCGGAGCAGUUAUGUCCGUGGCUGGAUCCUCCUGUCCAUCUGUUUUGGAAUCUUCCCUCCGACUGAGCGCUUCCUCAAAUACCUCCAAAACUUCAUUCGUUCCGGCCCAUCUGGCUAUGCGCCCUACUGUGCUGAGAGACUGCGGCGCACUGCAGCCAAUGGAGUACGUGGGGAGCCCCCAAGCUGGUUAGAGCUGCAGGCCACCAAGACCAAGAGGCCAAUGGUUGUGUCGGUGACCCUGAUGGAUGGCCGCACUAUCAGCAUCCCUGUGGAUUCUGCCACAACCUCCAGGGAAAUUAGCCAGUUCCUGGCACAGAAAGUCAAACUCAAAGACACUUUUGGCUUCUCGGUAUACGUUGCAAUUUACGAUAAGGUGUGGUCUCUCGGGAGUGGCAGGGAGCAUGUGAUGGAUGCCAUCUCGCAGUGUGAGCAGGAGGUGAAGAGGAAGGGUGGACAGGAGCAGCACGCGCCCUGGCGACUCUACUUCCGCAAGGAGAUCUUCACGCCCUGGCACGACUGUGGCCAGGACCCGAUUGGCUCUGAGCUCAUCUACCGACAAGUCAUCAGGGGACUCAAAUUUGGGGAGUACAAGUGUGAAAAGGAGGAUGAUCUUGUCGACCUGGCGAUAAAGCACUUUUAUGUCCAGUAUGGAUCAGACAGUGGAGAUGAGAAUGCAAAGAAUGUGGUUCAGGCCUGCAUCAAUAGCUCUUUACUGGAAUCAAAAUCUGAGGAAAAGUGGAUGCAGAUGGUUAGCACAGCCCAUUUGGAGGGUCCAUACAUAAAUUCAAGAAAGAAAACCACUGAUGUGAAGGCAGAGGUGGUUAAUUAUGCUCGCAACACAUGGCCUUUGUUCUUCUCCAAGUUUUUUGAAGCUGUGAAGCGUUCAGGUCCUGCAUUGUCAAAAAACAAGUUCAUUGUUGCGAUUAACUGGACUGGAGUCACGUUUCUGGAUGAAAAGGAGAGGAAGCUUCUGGUUCUCUCUUACCCAGAAAUCACCGUCGUCAACACAGUGAGGUAGAGCAGGCCACACCGCCAUAUUAGGGAAUAAUAAUGCAAUAGUAGUGAGUUUGAGGCCAUUGUUUGUGUGCUGAACGAUGAAAUUAUAUCGAAUGCGUCUCUUCUCCUCAGGGAUGGCAAGGCCUUUGGGCAGACCGUCUUUCUUUCGACACUGAAAGGAGACUUCACCCUCAGCUCUCUGAUGGCAGGGGACAUAGCAGAGCUCUUGCACAUGUUUCUAGGGGGAUUGAGAGAUCGUUCCCAGUACGCCGUGGCCUUGCAGGAGGCCAACAAACAAGAUGACCCCACAUUUCUCAGCUUCAAGAAAGGAGAGCUCAUUAUUCUUAUCAAAGAUGAUGAUUAUUCCCCUGACCGUGGCUGGAUGAAGGGCAAAAAUGAGCGAACCAGUCAAACCGGAGCAGUCUCCAUGGAUGCCAUCUUGAUUCUGCCCACUCUCACCAAGCCCACGAAUGAAGUGUUGAGCCUGUUGAACCUGUCCCCGGAUCAGAGGAAGACCAUUCUCCAGACCAACCAGAGAGAAGCAGGCACGGUCGAGAGAGUGGCACCCUUUUCACUCAAAGAAUUUUCUUUAGAAUACUUCAGGCAGCCCUCCAAGGAUGUGAACCGGCAGGUGAUGUCUAAGGGGGCUGCCCCAGAGAGGCUGUGGGCCAGCUCCCGGGAGCCCCUCAAGCAGGCACUACUGAAAUCACUAGAGAGAAGCCCGCUGCUCAGCCAUCAGGCCUCCCUGUGCUUCACUGCCAUCCUGAAGUAUAUGGGGGACUACCCCACCAAGCAGGUGCAAAGCCCCCUGGAGCUCACUGACCAGAUCUUUGGCCUCGCCACAGCAAACAUGGCCCUAAGAGAUGAGGUCUACUGCCAGAUCAUGAAGCAAAUGACCAGUAACAACAACAGGUUCAGCUUGGACCAGGGCUGGCAGCUGCUCUGGCUGUGCUGCGGCCUCUUCCCCCCCAGCCAGGCCCUCCUGAAACACGCCAAGCGCUUCCUGGAGACCCGGCGAAGGGAACCCCUGGCUUCCGACUGCCUGCAGCGGCUGCAGGCGUCGCUCAGGAUGGAACCCAGAAAACUACCUCCUCACCAGGUGGAGAUCGAUGCCAUCCAACAGAGCAGCACACAGAUCUUCCACAAAGUGCGCUUCCCCAAUGACACCGACGAGGUCUUUGAGGUGGGGACGAGCACCAGAAUCCGAGACCUCAUUCAGACAAUCGCCGGAAAACUGAAUCUGGCCUCAGGUGACGGCUUCAGCAUCUUUGUGAAAACCCCAGACAAGUUUCUCAGUCUAAAUGAAACAGACUACUUCUUUGACAGUCUCAGACAGAUCACUGACUGGUCAAUGAAAUCAAAGAGAACCAGAGAUGGAGGGCCGGUGAAUGUGUCCUAUUUGGUGUACUUCAUGAGGAAGCUCUGGUUCAAUGUGUACCCAGGAAGAGACUUGGAGGCUGACCACCUCUUCCAUUUUCCACAGGAGCUGCCCAAGUACUUGCGUGGAUACCACAAGUGUACCAAGGAGGACAUGGUCAACAUAGCAGCCCUCUUGUUCAGAGUGAAGUUUGACAGUGACAAGACGCAGUUCGUCACGAUCCCCAAGAUCCUGAAGGAGCUGGUUCCUAAUGACCAGCUGAAAGCCAUGUCCUCAGAGGAGUGGAAGAAGAACAUUAUUGCCACCUACAACAAACAAGUCGGACAGACCGCGGAGGAGGCAGUAGUGGCUUUCUUGAAAAGCAUCUUUCGUUGGCCCACGUUUGGUUGUGCUUUCUUUGAAGUCAAGCAAACAUCUGAGGCUAAUUUCCCAGAUAUUGUGCAGAUUGCCAUCAGCAAACAGGGAGUCACAAUCAUCCACCCAAAAACUAAAGAUGUUCUGGCUAUGCAUCCAUAUAACCGCAUAGCUAACUGGUGCAGUGGAAGCACCUACUUUCAUAUGACCAUCGGUGACCUUGUUAAGGGAAACAAGAUUCUUUGUGAGACUUCACUGGGCUACAAAAUGGAUGACCUUUUGACCUCCUACGUCAACAUGUACGUCAAAGAGAGGAAAGCUGCCCGACCCAGAAAUCAACGCUUGACUACUUAAUACCUGCUGGCUCCUCCUGAGAUGCAGCAGAAAAAAUCGUUUAAAGUAUUUACAUGUCUUGGAUAGAAUAUAAGUGUCAUGGAUGACAAUAACAUUGCAUUGCAGUGAAAAUAUUUUCAAAAAUAUUAUUUAUUUUAUUUUUAUUGAAUGACCCUUUUAGUGUAGUUUUCUGGGGGCACACAAAUUAAUUGUCUUAGGUCGAUAUAGAAUGCAAUAUAACCGAUUUUUAAUUGGUUUUUAAUAUUUUCUUGCAGAACUGUCAUGAAUGUAAACUGUAUGCGAUACAGUGGCAAUAAUUUGGUUGGAAGCACAUAUUGUAUCUCAGUUGUUGAUUAUUGAAGUUUCCUCUUAAUGAGAAUCCUAUUUUUAACCUUUUCAUCGGAAUUAUAAUGAAUGUAAUGCACAAACAGUAGUUUGAUAUAUUCAGGAAAACAAUAAUGAUAACAGCUUCUGAAUUUGGAUUCCUCUUUUGACAUACGUAUAUAGUUCUAUGAAAUGUAAAUGCUGUAACAGUUCUGAAUCUCAAAAUCUUCAUCUUAAUGCUUGAAAUUUCGUUGAACAUUUAUGAACUGUUGUGUACAUUCCACAAUCAUCAUUUAGAUUUUUAUUGGAAAGCACCAUUUUAAGAUUAUUGUUAAUGGAAGCCAUGGAGAACUGCAAGUAGAACAGACUUCUGAAGAGAUUCCCAUUUUUGCUUUCUUUUGCUCUUGCUACCUAAUCCCUUUGUCUGUGGUGACCUCACUCUAACACAGAAGAGGAGGGUUGUGAGGAUUGUGCCAUAAUAAAGUAAUUGGACUGAGAA